CAUUAAUAAAUGGUAUUAUCGAAGAUGGCAUAAUUUCAUUCAUUUUUCAAUUUUUCAUAUUCAUAUUAUAACAUGUAAUAACGUUCAUCGACUAGGCGUCAUUUCCAUUCCAUUUCUUGGCACCUGCCACCUAUGACUUUUGGUCAUCGGUUAAUAGUUUUUGUUUGUUAUUCGUGAUUCGUGAUUUUCACGUUCACUUAUAACCGUUUUCCGUACUCCACUUUUUAUGUCUCAUAGUGCUGCACUAAACUAAAAGUUUUCUUCUGAAGUGAAGUGGCGUGGACACAUGGUUGUCGGUUCUUUCCUGUUAAGAUACCAACGACAACCACAUCCGUAUUGAUUGUUCAAAUUAAUUUUGACAUACAGUUCAAUUAAAAAAAAAAAAAGAUAUAUUCUGACCUACAAAGCAAUUUAUCACAAUGAAAAGAAAAAUGAAUUUAGGUCGUUCAUCAAAUAGAAUAAAACGUCAACGUUUACUCAGAUUAAGUCAAAAUAACAAUGGCUCGCCAGAUAACUGCAAUAUUAAUAGCGAAAUUCAACCACGUGUUCCACGGCAUCGCAUGACUAUGAUGACCAACCAUGAUGAAGGUUAUAGAAAUAUGCUGGCUAGCUUCCGGACCAAUGACUUGCAAGCACUAUUGGGAGCUUUCGGUCGAAAUAAAGCAGGACGAAAAUCUGAAUUAAAAGAUCGGGCACUUGAAUUGUUAAGAACUAGACCAACUGGCUUUAACCAUGCAGCAUAUGUAGCAAAAAUAUAUGAAAUUUAUCGUUCCAUGCAAUCAGAUUUGCCUCAUAAUAAUGAUAUUAUGAUGCGUAGUUUAUUAUCAACCCAACAAAGGCAAAUGAUGAACAUGGGGCAGAUACAGAACCCACAACAAAGAAUGUACCAACCGCCACAAUAUCCUCAACAGUCAAUGCAUAUGACCAGAGCUGGAUUACCACAGGUUAUGCCUCAAAUUCAAAGAAGCAUUUAUGGUAAUCCCGUUGGAGCAAAUACUAUGGCUAACAAUAACAUUCAAUAUAUAUCUGGUAGUUAUCAGCCUUCUGGAUCUCGUUCUAUAGCAUCAUCACAUUUAUCCUCAAAUCAACAAAUGAAUGCUGUGUCACAAGAUGGAUUGGGGUAUGAUAAUAUGAAAGGACCAUCAGGUGGAAACAAUCUAUACAUUCCAUCUCCUGAAAUUGUAGCCCAAAUCAAGUUCAAAAAGUUGCCAUUCUAUGAGAUUAUUAGCGAGAUCAUUAAGCCAACUUUCCUAGCUGGUACUGACAGAUGUACAUUACAAAACUUUCCUAGAGGUAUGAAAGAAUCAUCAUUCAAAUUUUUUUUAGCUACUGAUGACGUCAAUCUUGUUACCAUGAAUCGUGAUAUUAGCCCAGGAAAAAAUGAGUAUAUUUAUCAGUUCCAGAUUCGAAUUAGUCAGUUAGUGGAACCUAUAAGUAAUGAAGUAACAGAUUUUAUGCCUCUUGGAUUACACAUUCGAGUUGGUAUAAAAGCAUGUCCAUUGCCACCUACUGCUCCUAAUACUCGUCCAGGAGCUGAAUCCAGACGAACGCCAAGACCUAUCAAUUGCACACAACUUAUGAAACUUGCUCCAAUCGUUCCCAACUCAAUUUAUGUAAAUUGGACUCCUGAUGGAAAAAACUAUAUUAUGUGUUUGAAUCUUGUAAAAAAAUUAACUUCAGAAACGUUGAUAAAAAGACUUCAAGAUAAAGGAGGUAGGAGUUCAGAAGAGACCAAAAACUAUAUAAUUAAAAAGUUGGCAGAUGUUGAUCCAGAUUUGGCCACUACAUCUUAUCGAUUUUCUUUGGUGUGUCCAUUGGGUAAAAUGAGAAUGAAGAUACCGGCAAAAUCUAUCCAUUGUGAUCAUUUACAAUGUUUUGAUGUUAGUACAUUUAUUUUAAUGAAUGAAAAAAAGCCAACAUGGAUGUGCCCAACAUGUAAUAAACCUUGUUUGUAUGAUGACAUCCAAAUAGAAAAUUAUUUUUUGGAAGUAGUUUCAAGUCCAACACUUAAGGACUGCAGUAAGGAAAUUGAAAUUUUGGCUGAUGGCACAUGGAUAGUUUAUGAAGAAACUAAAGAGACAAAAGCUUCAAAUAGUACUCCUGAUAAAAAAUUAAAACCUAUUGAUUCUGUGGAUUUAGAUAGUGAYGAUGAAAAAUCUGAUGAUCAAAAAGCAGAACUUAACCCUGUAAYUGCUAAAAGCCAAGAAUCCGAAAACUUAAACUUUGUUGAUUUGACAUUAAGUGACGAUGAAGUAGAACCACCAAAAGAAAAAGAUAAACAGGAAAAUGAGGCACAAGCUGCUGAUGCUAUACAACCAAUUGCUGUAGUUGAUUUGAAACCACAAGCUCAAGUACAGCCGCAACAAGCUGUAACUAGUUCUGAGCAAGGAGUAGUAAUUGAAAUAGACAGUCCAUCCCCUCCUUCAAGUCCUAUCCCUACAACAGAAGCCUCAUAAUUUUUUUURUCUUUCUAUAUUUUUUUUUAUCAUUAUGUAAGUUAAACAAUUUUAAGAUUAUAAACUUUUAACAUUUUUCUGAUGUAUAAGUUCUACGCAUAUGACAUACAAACAUAACGUAAAAUUAUAACGUAAGAAUUCUUAAGAUGUUACAUUUCUUAAAUAUUAAUAUAAUAAAAUCCAUUUUUUCUUACA